ACUAUUUUCAAAGUCGUUUUUAAACUCCAGCUUAUCUUAGACUGGGGUUUAUCCAAUGUUAUUUGAAUAGGAUAAACCCCAGUCCCUCUUAGUAACAGCUGAGUAACAGCCAGUACCCAAUUCAAGGAACUAUCGUCCAAAAUAGAUGAAAUUUUGGAAAGACAGCGUUCCACUGAGGUGAAGGUGCAGGCCAUGCAAGGAAUGCUGGAGGCAUUCAUGGCGAAGUCCGAAGUUUCGGUCAAUUUGUUGGCGUCCAAAAUUGGAAAAGACAAUCCAGAAGAAGUGGAUGAGGAACUGCAACUUGAUGAAAUUUUCCCACUUACCUCUGUCCAACAAAUUGAGGAAAUGGAGGAAAAACUCCAUCAAAAUGGAUUGUUAAAAAAAAAAUUGGUCCGUAAGUUGAGCUCAUAUGGGGGGGUCAACGGAAUGAAAACGAUCCGCACUAUUUGCAAGUGCAUUUUUACAGAUCCACUACUGGCAGAACAUUCUUGGCUGGGGACUAAUGCCAAAAAAAGUUUCAGCCAAUACAAGUUCCUAAAUAAAACUAUAUUGGAAGCGGUCCCAUCAAAGUACCCCACUUAUAGUGAAGCCGAGGGUGCUUCAUUUUUUAAAUCCUUUUUGAAGCAAGCCCCAUUUCCAAUGGGAAAACCGUCCACGUAAGUUAAAAAAUAAAAUUAUAAUCAACAUUUAAGUUAACAUUUUUCUCUUUACAGAAAUACCAGUUCCAACACCAGCUCCUUUGCCUCUGACGGGCAAUCCACAACAUAAUUAAGUUAAGCUAUUUUUUAUUUUUAGUUUUAGUUUUAGUUUUACUUUAAGUUUUAGUUUUAGUUUUACUUCAUUAAAUAAUGUUUCACUAAACUUAAAUUUCAGCGUUCUUAUUUCAAAUAUUAAAUUUUCAGCUGGGAAGAAUCUUAUGGUUUGCAGCAUGUUGGUAAGCAAACAUUUUAUAGGUUUUUUAAAAUCUGUAAAUAACCGGAUAUAAAAAAGCCGUGAAAUAACAUUUUACAGAUUUUAUAAAAAACUAUAAAUAAACGGUUAUAAAAAAACCGUCAAGUAACGUUUAUUACAGGUUUUAUAAGAACCUGUACGAAGUUAUUUACAGGUUUUAUAAAAACUGUAGAUAAACGGUUAUAAAAAAAACCGUCAAAUAACGUUUAUUAUAGGUUUUAUAAAAACCUGUACAACGUUUAUUACGGGUUUUAAAAAAACUGGAGGAAAACGGUUUUAAAAAAACCGUCAAAUAACGUUUAUUAUAGGUUUUAUAAAAACCUGUACA